UACAAAGAUAAAAUGAAGUUAUAUCAAGUGAAGAUAUCCCCAUGUUGCAGAGCUGUGUGGCUGUAUUGUUUACAUAAUAAAUUAGACAUUGAAUUAAUUGAUGUGGAUAUAUUUGGAGGUGAGUUGUCAAAACCAACGUUUCGUGCUCUAAAUACUUAUGGUGAAGUUCCUGUUUUAGUGGAUGGAGAAUUAAUAGUUGCUAAUGCUGUUCCUAUAAUUUUAUACCUUGCUGAAAAGUAUACUAAUUUUAAUUGUUUUGGUAUAUCAAAAAGUCAAGAAAUGAAGGUCAAAUCGAUGUUAGACUGGGCAAGUUCAAAGUUGCAUCAAACUGCAGGCUAUCGGUUGGUUUAUCCUAAUUUUUUAGAACCUUACCAACUUGAAGAUGAUGCUACAGAAUCUCUUAUUGAAAAAGGAACAGUUGAACUUACAAGUCUUCUAGAAUCAAUAGAAAGGAUAUUUCUAGCUUCAGAUCAAUAUUUAACAGGUGAUUUACCAACAAUAGCAGAUUAUUAUAUUGCUACUGUCAUAGUUCAAUUGGAAUGGAUUCAUUUCGAUUUAAAAUUGUGGCCAAAAUUGAAUAAUUGGCUUGUAAAUAUAAAAAAAUCUGAGUAUUGGAACCUUGUACAUGAAAAGCAUGAGGGUUUUUUAAUUGAAAUGACAAAACAUGAUGAUUGAUUUUGAAUGGAAUCAGACAUUUUUUUUUACUGGAUUUUGUUUGUUUUUUUAAAUUUAUUUAUAUGUACUUAGUUUUUAUAUGAAU